AUGGCACGCACCAAAUCCAAUACAAAACGCCUCCCAAAGGGCUCUUCCGACAAGCCCCAAAAAAACAUCAAGUCUAAAGGCAGCUCAACCAUCAAGAAGCGUGCGUUGGCCGUCAUGAGUGCCGCAUCAAAGAAGUGGCCGCGGCCGCCAAAAGUACUGGCAAAUGCCAUCAGAUCCUUUGAAAUCCCGACUACCCAUGCAGAAUUCAUCAUGGAGGACGCCCUUACCAACCUUCGCAUCCAAUUCACCUACGGGCCCCCAGAAAAUAUCAAUGCUAUAGAUCCAGAUGGCGGGCAGUAUGACAUUUGCCGGGUACCUGUCUACAAAGGCGGGAAGUCAAUAGGAUACGUACCACUGCCAAGUAGGUACCAGGGAAUAUGGUUAGAUUUAUGCUACAGUGUAGUCUUGUUCACUACGGGAUGGAAACAUUGGGACCAGGAGACCAAGCGGGGCACUAACAAGCAGAAACAGAUGGCCAAGACAUGCAAACAGAACUGUGGGGCCGUGCUUGUCGCACACAUGCAGGCCAGGCUCCUCGCGGUGGACCAACUGGUGGGUCUGCGUUACGAUAUCAAGCCCGGUGAGGAGCGGGUACCGAUUCUGGACGAAUGGAAGGUUAGGUCUCUUCGAGACUGGCUGAACGAGGAUUUCGGAGAGGCCAACAAAGAAGGACCGCAUCACUUGACUGCAGACCCGCUGUGCUCAGAAAAUGAAGCAUUUUUCAAAGAAGGCUGGGACGAGGACAAUGAGGGUCUGGAGGUUAUGACGCGCCCGCAGGGAUGGACUCAAGGCCGUCUUGUAAACUUCGAGACGACGUUCAACAACAUCCUCAAGCCACAGGCGUAUGCCGAACUAAAGAAUCACAGCAAAUUCUUUGAGACUCGAUAUGUGGAAGGUGCAGAAUUACCAGAACGCUGGCACGAGGGCCAUGCACCAACUCCUCUCUACUGGUCAGAGAAACAGUUCGAGUGGAUGGUCGCAGGAAAUGACUUUUGGGACCAGCCCUUCCACUUUGUGCAUUAUGCACUGUCCACUGACCAAGAAGAGUAUGAGCACAUGGAUGAAUUUGUCACGGACAUCAGAUGUCUCACCAAUAUCUUGUGUGUCAGACCUGAUUGGGACUUGGCGGUGCAGAACGCAGCUGGGCUCUGGAGGGGGGAGAUGACUUGGAGGGAGUUUGUGGAAUCGUUCAAGAAGAUCUGGUUAUUUGAGGGAAGGCCGAUCGGCCCUUGGCAAAGCACAGGCACGGGCAUCUCCACCGUCCCCUUAAGACAUAUAUCAACAUUUGGUUUUAUUCUAGUGCCCAACAAUCCUUUCAACACCUUCGAAGCUGAAUUACUCCUCAAGGGAUACUUACGCCGGGGGUAUGAGGACGCCGAAGCCAACUGGAGUGAUGAAGAUUCGAUCGUGUGGGAGGGCUUGGGAAGAAUUUCUGACAUCAAAGGUCUCCGUGAUGGGUGGACAUGGGUUGUGAAUGAGGUAAGCAUGGAGGGAAAGACAGUCAAGCAGGCGUUGCAGGAUGCGGGGCCAAUGUGGGUCGAUUACCAGGCGCGUUCGGCGGCGGCGCAGUCCAUCAACAAUAAAGGCAAGCAUGUCAUGGAUGUUGAAAGGUCCGGUGGAGCUGCAACUGGUGGUGCUUUUGCUGAGGGUGCCAUCAGGCCUCCUCCUGUCGUCCCACCCAUUCCAGCUGAAGAUGUUGCUGCCCAUAUGGCUAUUGAAGUUGAUGCCAUUGACGGCCCUGCUGACUCGGGCCCUCCUGCUCCCCCAGCUGCAGCACCUAUCCCUAUUCCAAUGGACGAUGGAGGUCAUUCCACCGCCUCCAUCCGCGUUCCUCUGCCAGCGCCGGGUGGCUCUCACGCUUCUGCCAGUUCUUCUAGUGUCAGGUUAGGGAUGGAACACCAGGCUGUCCACAUUGGUUUGGCUGGGUAUGUUUCGAGGGGCGAGACCUUGGAGAUGUAUUCGUCAUCGCUGAGGAAAGCGUAUGCUGCCCCAGAGUAUCAGCCAGGCAUUGCCGAGUAUCUCCAUGAUCUCGGCUCCAUCCCGCGAGGCGAAUUCAAAGCUAUUGCAUUCAAGGCACGCGUGGAAUCUUUCAUAGCACACAUUAGCACAGUUGGAGCCAGGUUGGAGGCACACAAGUCCUCGAAGUCCCUCCUGUGA